AGAGAGAAAUUGCGAACAAAUUACGAGGAGUGAUUCCAUCGCAGGUUUACUGAAAGCCUAGGGGAUAAAUAUGUUUACAAUGAGGUUAGCAGGUAGAUGUUCUUCAGCUUAUUAUCGCACCUUAUCGACCUUUUCUCUCCAGAAUUUGUCAAAGAGUGCGGGUCGAUUUCCAGGCAAGAGAUUCAAAAGAUAUUUUCAAAACGAAACUAAGGCCUGGAGAUCGUGGGAAGGGACAUCAAAGGCACCUGGUAUUACUGCUGAAACAACUGGUCGUGCGGUUGUUGGUGGGGCUGCCUUGUUUGGUGUGGGAGCCCUUUGUUAUUAUGGCUUGGGAUUGUCCAAUGAGAUGGGUGCAAUUGAUCGUGCUAUGGUAUGGCCUCAGGUGGUACGUGAUCGUGUGAGGUCAACUUACUCUUAUUUUGCUGGAAGUCUGGCUGUAACAGCAGUGUCAGCAUAUGUUAUCAGUCAAAGCAGAGCAGUGUUUACCUUGAUGAGGGCAAGUCCAUGGCUGGUUGUGGGUGGAGGGAUGAUUGCUACAAUAGGCAGCUCUAUAUUGUGUAUGAGUUUGCCAUAUGAAGCAGGGCUGAAUGCAAAGCACAUUGCUUGGGUUGGUCACAGUGCACUUAUAGGCACCCUUAUCGCCCCUCUCAUGUUACUUGGAGGUCCAUUAGUGCUGAGAGCUGCUGCUGUGACUGGUGGUGUCGUUGGGGCCUUGUCUCUGACAGCUGCCUGUGCACCUGAUGGUAAAUUUCUGUCAUGGGGUGGACCUUUGGCCAUUGGCCUUGGUGGUGUGUGUAUGGCAUGCCUUGGUACAUUGUUCCUGCCAGCGAGCUCUAUGGUGGCUGUAGGUUUGCAGUCUGUGGUUACAUAUGGUGGGCUUGUCAUCUUUGGAGGAUUCAUGUUGUAUGACACACAGAAGAUCAUCAGAAAGGCAGAAACAUAUCCUUUGUAUGCUGCCGUACCAUAUGACCCCAUCAAUGCGUCAAUUGGGAUAUACAUGGACACCAUCAACAUCUUUAUCAGAAUUUUGACCAUCAUGGCUUCCUCAAACUCACGCCGAAAGUAAAAGUUGGAAAUGCAAUUUGCGACAUUGUUGUCAGUAAUAGAUGCUGAAUUAUUUCAGAGUUUAACUGAGGUACUUCGUGGAAAUAACAUAAAUACUUAAGAGAAAUGUUCAUUGCAAACUACUGACCUUGAAGAUAUCACAGAAUUUCUUAGAGAGGAUACUGCUUUUGUUCAUUUUUAUUACUGAUUAGCCUUUUGAAGCAAAGACAUACAUCAGUUAAAGAUUUAAGGUAUUGUUAUAUUAAGAAAAGUUGCAUUUAAUGUCACUUAAGGUAUAAACAAUUUAUUUUGUAAAAGAGGCACUGGGUCCAAUUGUGCUCCAGGUUUUUCCUUUUGUUGCGCUGAUUUUUAUGGUUGAAGUACAUUGGUCCUCUUUAGUUGUGUAUACAACGCCACUGGAUUUUAUUCUGAUGUUUACCAGUUAGAUUUCCAUGUAAAUAAAGAAUUAAAAGCGA